GCCUUCACCAAAAACCCUAUAGCCGGAGAAGAAGUGAGCCUCCGCCCUCCGCUAGUCUGCCUCCACCCGCCGCCGCCGCCAUGGCGCUCCGCCGCAUCACCCCGCGGAGGAGACCCGUUCUCCCCGUCCCCCGUGCCUUCUUCUCCUCGAGCCCCCCGUUCCCUCCGCCCCCGCCUCCGGCGAACGGCGACCCCGACGCCGCCCAUUCCCCGUCCUCCUCUCCGCCCCCCAACCCCGGCGCGCCGCGGAACCCGUCGCCCUCGCUCUUCCGGGACAUCAAAGAUCGCCUCCGCUUGUCUCCCACGUCGCGCGGCGCUCCUUCUUCGAAACCGUCCGUUCAAGAUGUCCGCCGGUUGCUCGGGGAGUUCCGCCCAACCGGCAGCCCGCCGAUCCCUCCGUCCCCCUCCGCUCCCGGAGCCGACCCCUCCUUCAUGGACCUGCUCAAGAAGAACAGCGUCGCCCAGGGCGCCAACGCUGGGCAGAGGGUGACCGACCUCGGUGCCAUCCGAGAGAGUCUGAAGCGCUCCCCGCCGCGGACGCCGCGUCGUCCGCCGACGCCGUAUUUGACUCCGCAGAGCAACAUCUUCAACCCGGAGCUACAGAGGAACUUGAAGGCUGUAGGUGCGGGGAAGGAAGAGAAGGACUCUACCAUUGCCCUUUUGAGGCACUACAGCCACGAAGAGCUUGGAAAGAGGCUAGCUGAGCUCCGGCCAGCGGUUGCGGCCAAAGACGGUAAGGAGUGGUUCUCGCUCAAGGAGCUGCAGGGGCGGAUUGCCAAACUGGCGGAGUUGGAGAAGCAGGAGAACCAGGUUUCGGGGUAUCGUACAGAAAUCAAGAAUUGCCUUGAGCUCCUGAACAAUAAACAAGAAAAACCGACUCUGUCAGUAAACAUACCUUCACUGCUGAACCUUGGCGGUCAGCUGACACUAGACUACAUGAAUCGGCCUCCGCAGGAGGAGUUGUUAGAGAAGUACUUCCAUCCAGAUCAUAUGUCAUCUGAAGAGAAGAUGAAAUUGGAGCUCCAAAGGGUGAGGGAUGAGUUCAAGAUGUCUGAGAAUGACUGUGGGUCUGCACGAGUUCAAAUUGCCCAACUGACUCUGAAAAUCAAGCAUCUGUCAGCUGUUCUCCACAAGAAGGAUAAACAUUCUAGAAAAGGGCUUCAGGAGAUGGUCCAAAAGAGGAAGAAAUACCUGAAAUACUUGCGAAGAACUGACUGGGACUCGUACUGUCUUGUUCUGUCAAAGCUGGGGCUCCGCGACGUGCCUGAGUACAAAGCUCCUGACUACAAGAGCAAAGCAACCACCAAGGCUAAAUCUAAGAAGAGCAAGAGCAAGAGCAAGGGCAAGAAGAGAAAGGUGAAGGCAUAGGAGUGGUGAACAAAUACACCCUUUUUGGCCUUGAAUUUCAUGGUCAGAAAAUGAAUCGAGAAGACACGCAGCCCCCAGAUGGCUCGAACCAAUCUUGCAACGUUGUAUUUUUUAUUUGAAGCUGUUUGUAAUAACCAUUUCUCUGGAUGACAGGGUUUUUCCUUGUUCUGCUAGGAGCUGUAACCUUUUUGUAACAAUUGAUUUCUUAUUUCUUUUGAGUUCUCCCGCUCAAUUUGCUGAGAAGGGAAUGGAGGAACAGAUACGACAGUACGAUACCAUCACGUUGUCACCAGUAUGUAACUUUACCAUAAUUCUUUGUUCGCGUUUCAUGUAACUUUUCCAGGAUUAUUGUACAAGAAUGCAUGAACAA